UAUGUCAAUAGAACCAGAUUUUUCGGUUCUCAUCCAAGCUGUACGUUAUUUAGCCAUACCAUUUCCGCUCACAACUUGUGGCUGGGUUUUAAUAACUCAACUACCUGUAAUGUCCAGAUUAUUAACCGAAGAAGCACAUAAUCUUUUCAGUACCAAAAAUAUGAAGCUAGUCUUUUUGAGCAUUGUUGUUUUGGCGAUUAUUUUUGCUGUUGGAUAUACUGCAGUAUCCCCAUUAUCAUCAAUUAGAGACAGAGGGUCCAACAGAGACUUAAGAGAGUUCAAAGAUAACGUAGCAGCCUUAACAGCAAAAAUACAAAAAUUUGAGUCGGCUGCUAACAAGGAAAGUACCCCUAAAGAUACUGAAGAAUUAAAAAAAGACCUAGCAGAAAUAAAAGAGAAAUUUCUAAAAUUUGAAACAGGAUAUAGUCAAAAAACAGAAAUUGAAGAAUUGAAAAAUACCAUCGCAGAACUAAAAGCUCAAGUACAUCUACUUGAAUCAGGCUUAAAACCAGAUAAUGUGCACAAAAGAUAUCCCGAAGUAAAAUUUUUAAAUUAUAAAGAUAGAAAGAGAAUAUUAAUAACCGGUGGUGCGGGAUUUGUUGGUUCACAUUUGGUUGAUCAACUAAUGUUAGCCGGUCAUGAAGUUAUUGUUGCCGAUAAUUUUUUUACUGGAAGACGAAGAAACGUUGAACACUGGAUAGGGCAUGAAAACUUUGAGUUAAUACAUCAUGACGUAGUUAAUCCAUUAUUUAUUGAGGUUGAUCAAAUAUAUCAUUUGGCGUCACCUGCUUCACCUCCUAAUUAUAUGUAUAAUCCAAUAAAAACAAUUAAAACAAAUGCUGUUGGCACUAUUAAUAUGCUUGGUCUAGCCAAAAGGGUUAAAGCAAGACUACUCUUGGCCUCCACGUCGGAAGUGUACGGUGACCCCGAAGUUCACCCUCAACGAGAAGACUAUUGGGGUCACGUUAAUCCAAUAGGACCACGAGCUUGUUACGAUGAAGGGAAACGAGUUGCUGAAACUAUGUGCUUUGCUUAUAAAAAACAGGAAAAUGUUGAGAUUAGAGUAGCAAGAAUUUUCAAUACAUUCGGUCCAAGAAUGCACAUGAAUGAUGGAAGAGUAGUUUCAAAUUUUAUUCUACAAGCCUUGCAAAAUAAUGAUAUUACUAUAUAUGGCAAUGGUACUCAAACAAGAUCUUUUCAAUAUGUUAGCGAUCUAGUGGCAGGUUUAAUAUCACUAAUGAAUAGUAAUUACUCUUUUCCUGUAAACAUUGGAAAUCCUGAUGAGCAUACGAUUCUGAAUUUUGCUCAAAUAAUCAAAUCACUCGUUGGGGGUACUUCAGAGAUUGUCCAUAAAAAAGCAAUGACUGAUGAUCCAAGAAAGCGUAAACCAGAUAUUUCAUUGGCUAGGAAAGAAUUAAAUUGGAUGCCUAAAGUUGAUAUGAUAGCAGGAAUUAACAAAACAAUUGAUUUUUUCCGCAGUGAACUGGUUAGGUCAAAACAUCAAGAAAGAAACUUUUUUAAACCUCAUUUAGAUCAAAUAUCUCCUUGAAAUAUCUCCUUGAAAUUAUACAUUUUUUAUAUAGCUACAGAUUACCACUACUAAGGAAAAAGGAUUUGCCUCUAAUAAUUGUUUAUAUUCUUUUAUUUAAUUAAUUUAUAAUUUCACUAAAUCGUAAAUGUUUUAUGAAGGGGGAAUAGAUUUGCAGCACAUUUUUUUAUCGUGUUUCUAUCAAACACAUGUGAUACAAUUGACAUAAAUGCUUUUUACCUCUGUGAUUAUGAAAGAAUAAAAUAAUUGAAGU